UGUGUUGAUGUAAUCAAAGUUGCAGAGAAGGGUCAGUUUCGGUUCAGUUUCCAGCUCUGAACCAGAUCCAUGCCAUGUUGGGGAGAGGGCCAAGAGAAUCAUGAGCUUGAAGGCUUGUAUAUUUCAAUUUCGAUUGCAAUUUUCUUCAAUAUCUUGUGUUGAUCUUCUAUUUUCGUCAAUAUCUUGUGUUGAUCUUCAAUUUGUGAGAAGUAAAACCAGAUCAUAAACCAAAUCUCAAGAUGAUGCAAAAGGCCCGAAAACCCGAGAAACCCGGCCCGGAAACUUCGGUCCGGGCUCUCCCCGGUCCCGACCACCGGAAAACUUGAUUUGAGACCGACCCGGAAACUUCGGGCUCGGUCCCGGUCCCUGUAAAUAUGGUGCCGGUCUGGGACCGUGCCCAGCCCUACCACCAAUACUAACAAUUUGCAAGUUAAAUUGAAAAACAAACGUUGAAAUUGAAAAGAAAAAAAAACCCAGAGCAUUUGACUUUUUUGUUAUUUUCUCACUCUUGGCUAUCUAAAUAUGAUUGGAGAUUUUGACACAAGUUAGAUUUGACUGUCAUCUGAGUAUUUUGUUGGAGUGAUAAAAUUAUCUCAGAAAUAGUCAAAAUUUAAAUUUAUUUCAAAAUGAGUAUGCAAGAAGGGAUGCUAGCUAGUCUUCUUACAAGCACAUUAUUCUCACCUAUUUAUUUUCUGCUUCAUUUGCUCAUUCAUUUUAUUAUAUGGGUCCGGAUCAUGGGACACUAUAUUUUACACAAUUUUUUACACAUCUUAUGAGUCGUUAGAUUUAAAAACUUUCAAAGGUCCGGAUUUGUUGUUUGAAUGAUGUCAACACAAUACCAAGUGAUGUGUAAAAUGACAUGGCAUUAUAUAUUUUCGAUCAAAUAUUAUAAUUAGAUUGAACUUUUCUUUAUUAAAGGAAAAAACAAAAUCUAUUGCUCAUAUAAGAACAGUAGAAGACGAUUAAAAAAUAAAGGAAAAAAAUUGCUGAAAACCAGACACCAAAUACUAAAAAGAAUAUCAUCUUCUCCAAACACUAUCAUCAAAUGCGAUAUUUGAUGGCCUGGAGCUUUGAUAUUUGUUUCGAUAAAAUAUUGAGUGCUAGUGAUCAAAGCCAAUCAAGGAUGGAGGCUGUCAGAAAAUUUUGGAGGAAAAGGCAGGGAUCUGGAGGUCAGCUAGGGUUCCAAUAUUUCUUUAAUUAGUACCAAGAGGAUACAUGGAGAGAAGAAUCCAUGGUUGUACUGGUAACGGUCUACAAAUUCACUAAACAAUUCAAAAAAUUUAAUUUAGGAAAAUGGCACAGGAAACAAAUUCCAAAACUACUUCAAGCAUUUUGGUUGAAAAAUAUUCCAAUCGAUGUAUAAAAUAAGCGUGUACCAUGAAUAAAAACAAAGGACUGCAAAUAAAUAGGAAAUUCAAUACCAUUAUAUUUAGUAGAAUCCUUCUAACAGCUACAUAGAUAUUAGGAAAUCCCAGUAACUGAAAAUAUAAAUGAGAAUUAAAGACAUGCAUUCUUACUGAAUUUUUCAAUAAAAGAUGUUUCAGAUUAGCACAUCUCUUGAGAGAUUCUAUUAGCAAUUCCCAGUAAUUGAAACCAUGAAGAACCAGCACCAAUUAAUUGACUCGUGACUUCGGGUCUUCUUCAGGAGAUGAUGAUUUUAGCAUUUGGCAUUUGUUCUUCUACUCUUCUUCUUUUUUUCUUUAUUUUGAUCGUGUUCUGUACUAUUCUUAUAUGAACAGUAGAUUUUGUUUUUUCUUUUAUUAAAGAAACGUUUAAUCUAAUUAUAAUUUUUUUAUUAUAAAUAUGUAAUGCCAUGUCAUUUUCCACAUCACUUGAUGUUCUGUUGACAUCAUUCAAACAACAAAUCCAGACCAUAAAAAGUUUUUAAAUCUAAUGACUUACAAGAUGUGUAAAAAGUUGUGUAAAAUAUGGUGUCCCAUGAUCCGGACCCUUAUUAUAUUAUUUGUAAAGAAGUUAGAAUAAAAGUAGCAUGUACGUGUUGAUAAAAAGUUGGAACAAAAGUUAAAAAUAAAAAUAAGUAAAUAACAGAAUGGUAGCAGGCUGGCAGCCAAAUGAGAACCAAAGAUAGAUGGGACAUAACGCCAAAACAUAACUGAUCAUAGUCGUUACAAAACAUAAUGGCGACAGCCAAAUGAGUGCCAAAGCUACUAAGGAAAAAUGAUUCUGACUAGGGUAGGGAAUGGAGAAGCUAAUUUGGAAAGGUUUAGCUUUUGAGUUAUUCGGUUCUUUUACUUUAUUGCUCAUCACCUUUAAGAAAAACGCAUACAAAUUCAACCACUAGUUCUUCUCAUUCUCUUUCAUGGAAACCGCAACAACCAACAACAAAUUGAGAUUUUGCCAUUUUCACCAUUGACUUUUGGAAGCACAAAGCUUGGUUAGUAUGUCUUUUGAUUCUUGUCGACCAAAGUUGGCAAGUUGCUAGUUGCAUGCAUAUUCCAAAUGUGUGAAGACCAUUACUAAGUUUUAAAAUUUAGGAAAAAUGCAUGGAGCCACUGGAGAUAUAGCGUGUGAUGAGUAUCAUAAAUACAAGGAAGAUGUGCAACUGAUGGUGGAUACUGGUUUAGAAGCGUAUAGAUUUUCCAUCUCAUGGUCAAGACUUAUACCCAAUGGAAGAGGACCCGUGAAUCCAAAGGGUGUACAAUAUUACAACAAUCUCAUUGACCAACUAAUCAGCAAAGGAAUCCAGCCUCAUGUUACUUUACACCACAGUGAUCUCCCACAGGCACUCGACGAUGAGUAUGGAGGAUGGGUUAGCCCAAAGAUUGUAAAAGACUUCACUGCAUAUGCAAAUGUUUGCUUCGAACAGUUUGGCGAUCGAGUUGGGCAUUGGACUACUAUGAAUGAGCCAAAUGUAUUUGUACUCGGGGGUUAUGAUAUUGGAUUCCUUCCACCACAACGAUGUUCAGCUCCAUUUGGUCUUAAUUGCUCGAGGGGUAACUCCUCAACUGAGCCAUACAUGGCAAUUCAUUAUUUCUUGUUAUCUCAUGCAUCAGCAGCAGCACUCUACAAGCAUACCUACCAGCACAAGCAGCGUGGGUUUAUAGGCAUCAAUGUAUUUGCCUAUUGGUUUGUUCCUCAAACCGAAACCCAUCAAGACCAAGUUGCUACUCAAAGAGCCCUCGACUUCUAUUUUGGUUGGGUUAUGCAUCCUUUGGUGUAUGGAGAGUACCCUCAAGUAAUGAAAAAGAAUGCAGGCUCUAGAAUUCCAACGUUCACCAGUGCUGAGUCUUCAAAGGUCAAGGGUUCCUUCGACUUCAUUGGACUUAAUUACUAUAACACAUUGUAUGCCAGUGACAACUCUGCCGCAUUAAACAUUCAAAACAGAGACUAUGUAGCGGAUUCGGCAACCCAGAUUUCUCCUUUGGAUUACAAUACAUCAACGUUGGAGUUUCCGAUAACACCUUGGGGUAUGGAAGGACUGUUGGAAUAUAUCAAACAACGCUACGGCAAUCCUCCCUUAUAUAUCCAUGAAAAUGGCCAACAAACUCGACGUAAUUCUUCGUUGGAAGAUUGGUCCAGAAUCGAAUAUUUGCAUGGACACGUUCACAGUUUGCUUAAUGUUAUAAGGAAUGGAUCAAAUGCUAGAGGCUAUUUUACCUGGUCUCUCUUGGAUUCAAUUGAGCUUUUGGGUGGCUAUGAAAUAAGCUACGGCCUUUAUUACAUCGAUUUGGACGAUCCGGAUUUAAAAAGACAGCCUAAACUCUCUGCACAUUGGUACUCAAAGUUUCUAAAGAACAAAAACAUCACUCCACGUUCAGAUUCAGAUGCUGAUCAGCAUUACUUCUUUCAGUAGAUAAUUUUGUUGUAUAUAUGUUUGAAGUUAAACUUAUUCAUCACUUCAAGCAUAAUCAAAACUAGAUGAAGAAUGAUCAAACAGCUUUUUUUUUCUUUACACUCAUAUAUUCUUGGCUUCAUUCCUUUUCAGCUCAUUCCACGAACAAUUUUUUUUUCUUCCCAAAA